AUGGCGGAGCGUGAGCGCGGGCUUUUGUCCACGGAUGGGCCUUUGAUUUGGCUGCUGUUGGGGGUGUUGCCAGUGGCAGUCCUACUGCUCGUGGCGUGGACUCGUCGUCCUCGAUGGCCCUUCCAACACCUGCAGCGUGAUCUGGCCAGCGUCUUUGUGAAAGGCGUGGGCCGCGGAGUGUUGGCCCUGGACUAUGGCGAUGGGACCUGGCUGGUGGAGUUCCAGGAUGACGGUCGUGAGGGCAACUUCCACCACAAGGACUUCUUGCCUGUGAAGGAUCAGUUUUCCUCCGCCUCAUGGUGUCCUGCUGGGGCGCAUGUGGUGCCACCACCCUGGAGGGAAGAACGGAAGGAAGGCUGGACGCGCUUCGUGUGCUUCAGCGACACGCACAACUUACAUGGGAUGAUUCCCCAGGAGCACAUGCCACCUGGUGAUGUGCUGCUGCACGCGGGAGACUUCACAGACUCCGGUGAACUGGAGCAAGUGGAGUCCUUCAACCAAUGGCUGGAACGAUAUCCCGCAGAGGUGAAAGUGGUCAUUGCCGGAAACCACGACGUGACCUUUGAUGAGGACUACUACUUGGCCCGUGGCGCUCGGCGAUUCCACAAGGGAAAGCCGUACGAUUGCAGCAAGGCCAGGGGCUUGCUGAAGUCCUGCACCUAUCUGGAAGACUCUUCGAUCGAAGUGCGGGGGUAUAAGAUUUUUGGCUCUCCAUGGCAGCCUGACUUCUUCGAUUGGGCCUUCAAUCGUCCCAGGGGACAUGAGCUGAGGAAGAAAUGGGAGGCCAUUCCCGAGGACACGGAUAUCCUUUUGGUGCAUGGGCCGCCUGCGGGGCAUGUGGACAUGACCUCGCACGAAGGGCACGCAGGAUGCGAAGAGCUCCUGGCAGCAGUCCAGGCACGAGCCAUCGCGGCGGUGGUGGCGGGGCACCUCCAUACGGGCUAUGGCACUUCCGCUGACGAGGUCACGCUCUUCGUGAACGCCUCCACCUGCACAUCCGAUUACAACCCCACCCGACCGCCCAUUGUCUUCGAUCUGCCCCCCAGCCAUGAGCUACGAGCUGCCACAAAUGCGGCGGCACGUGCGCGGGGAGGAUCGUAG